ACCCGCUCCUGUUCCUGCAGGCACUGCAGACACGGUGGCCCACAAGGGAGCUGCAGCAGCUCCGGGAGGAAGCCUGGCGGGGCUUUGCUGCCCUGGAUGACCCACUCACAGGACUCCUGGACAUGCUGGAGGGUGGCCACACCAGCGGGGGACAGGGUCACUCACUGCAGGCCUGGGUUGCCUGGCAGCCCACAGCUGGGACAGCUGCAGGCCCGUGCAGCUGGGGUCCUCACUGGGAGCCCCCUCAGUCUCACAGAGCUUCUGGUCAGCAUCUUCCGGCUGCAGGAUGCUGACCGGAGCCUCCUGCUGGACCACAUUGACCGCCUCCACGAGAGGGGCAAGUUCAAAGAGGCCAUCCUGCUGAGCACAAAGCUCAAGCUGCAGCCAGAACUUGACCUUGAAAAGAUGAGCACCCCGCUGCUCCUCCAGAACAAGAUGAACCUGGUGGAGCGCUACGUGGAUGGCUUCCCAGACCUGCAGAGGAGGCUGCUGGUCCUCAUGGAUUCCUGGUGCCAGCCUGGCUUCGACAUCAGAGAUGUUGCCAGGAGGUUCCCGAUGCUGACGGCCACCAGGCUGGAGAAGCUGAGCCCAAAACCGCUGAGCAGACAGGUGCUGCGGCUGCUGGGACGAUGUGGCAUGGACCCCGCCCUGUGCUCCAACGUCAUCAACCAGCAACACCUAGGGACCCUGCAGUACCUGUGCUACAAACGGUUUGUGGAGGGAAGCCUGUCUCAGGAGAACUGGGCCGAUCACGUGCGGGACCUGGUGGGGCAGAGUGAGUGGCUGCAGGACAGGCUGCUCCAGCUGGUGGCCUCUCACGGUGGCGUGGCCAUGACGGCACGGUGCGCCCUGGACCUCUCGCUGCCCGAAGGGCGGCUGCCGGCCACUGUGGCCAAUGAGCUAAGCAGGCUUCGGCUGCAGGAGAGGACAGCCCAGGCUGGCAGGAGCCUCGAGGAGCCCAGCUGCAAGGACAGGAGCAGUUACUACCAGCUCCCCAUUGCCAGGGAGGACAUCUGCUUCCUGGCCACAUGGGAGGACCUGGCCCGGCACGGGCCCGAGCUCCUGCAGCCCGGUGGAGUGGUCGGCAUGGACCUGGAGUGGAGGCCCUUGUUCCAGGCAGUGCGUCGGCCCUGCGCUUCCCUAGUGCAGCUGGCGGUGGAGGGCCGCGUGCUGCUGCUAGACAUGCCCAGACUUGCCCAGCCCCCGGGGGGACGGGGAGCGCAGGCCUUGUCCCAACUCCUGGGCCAGCUCUUCUCAGACCUCUCCAUCACCAAGUUGGGUUACGGGAUGGCAGGAGACCUGCGGAGCCUGGCCGCCUCCUGCCCCACCCUCGCCGAGGCUGAGAAGCAGAUGCGGGGCGUCCUGGACCUGCAGCAGGUGCACAGGCAGAUGCGGUUGGCAGGCAUGCCAGGCCCAGCUGUGGAUGCGGCAGGGGCACCACGGGGCCUGAGCCUCCUGGUGCAGCAGGUGCUGGGCAAGCCCCUGGACAAGGCGGAGCAGCUCUCCAACUGGGACCUGCGGCCACUGCGGGAGGCGCAGCUCAUCUAUGCAGCCACAGAUGCCUACUGCCUGCUGGAGGUGUACAGGGUGCUGUGCCGAGACCCUGCCCGCUUCCACCUGUCUAUGAACCUGGCCAAGAGCCUGGGGCCCAGGCGCAGCUCGAGAUCAGGGGCCCAGGGGCCACCUGGCCGGCAAGAGGCCCCGUCCUCGCCCCAGCAGGUGCCUGCGGCAGUGGGCGAGGGAGCAGCCCCCGAGGUGUCUGCCAAGGACUUCCGCGUGGUGUGUGACAGCAUGCUGCAGGGGUUGGCACGGAGCCUGCGCUGCCUAGGCGUGGAUGUGCGUGUGCUGGGGGCCGGCGAGGACCACCGCAGGGCGGCUGAGAUUGCCAGACUGGAGGGGAGGAUUAUCCUGACAUCGGGGCUGCCGUACCACAAGCUCCAGGCCCAGGUCGGGGCUGGGCGUUGCCUCUCGGUCGACUGCUCCCUCAAGGCCCGGGAGCAGGCACGGGCUGUGCUCAGACACUUCAACGUGCAAGUCACCCUCUCCGACGUCUUCAGCCGCUGCCAGGUGUGUAACUGUGACCAGUACCUAAAGGUCUCCAAGGACAUGAUGAAGCACCUCAUGCAGCUCAACGGCCACCACGAAGGCCCCAGUGGCACGGGUGAGGGUGCAGAUGCGGCCCUGUCAGUCCCCGGGCCCCAAAGGGUCGAACGUGGGGUCUGUGGGGACAGGCAGCCCAGCUCUGAGCUUCCUGGUGAAGAGACCACCCCAAGGGAGGACAGGCAGGGGACAGGCUCAGCACCGGAGCCGGCCCCCAGGGACUGUGCCUAUGACCCGCCAUGCCGCUGGCUGGAGGCGUCCGACCUGCAGACCAUCACGCCCGCCACACUGGGCAACGGCACUCGGCUGCAGCUGGCGGGGGUCCCAGCGGGUGUGCUGUGGCGCCCGGGACAGUGGCCUUUCUAUUGCUGCACAGGUUGUGGCAAAGUCUUCUGGGAAGGCUCCCACCUGGGCCGCCUGACAGCACACUUCCACGAGGUCCUGGAGACACCACCGCCCCAGCUCCUGUGAGCCCCCAGCCUGGCUGGCAGCCCCCGCGGGACGGCCUCCGCCCCGGGAAGCCCUGCAAUAAAAG